AUGGAUAUUUGGGGAAAGUCAACCCAAUCCCUACUGGAGAGGCCCUAUUUCUUCAACCGCACACUGAGCAACCUGACGACGUCAUUCUUGACUGGCCAGCCGCCGGGAAGAGGGAACACAUACUGGACCGCAACGUGCAAGAUGGACAAAGCGAUGCUGAAGUCCGCAUUGGAAAUCUUUUACGAUGAACUUGCAAUCAUCACGAUGGCCGCCAUGCGCUCAAUGCAAAAACGUAGUGGGAACCUACUUGGUCCUGAAGCCAAGCACCCGGGGAUACUGCUUGCGACCGUGAUGCCGUGGGAUGACGCUGCCGACGAUUCAAGAACCAUGGCGGUGAACCGCAUGAUCUCAGCGACUGGUAUCUGCAAAUGA